AUGAUGAUCGUCCUGCCUGAUGAAGGCAAGAUGCAGGAGGUGGAGGGCUCCAUCAACAAGGACCACAUCAGGCGCUGGAGAAACUCAGUCAGGAGUAGUUUAGUGUAUCUCUUCCUGCCAAAGUUUUCCAUCUCUGCUGUCGCUUCUCUGGAAAACACUCUCAAAGAAAUGGGCAUAACCAACGCUUUUGAGAACAACGCUGAUUUCUCUGGCAUUUCUGAGGAAUUCAAUGUCAAAGUCUCAAAGGCGUCACACAAGGCUGCGCUGAGUGUCACUGAGAUGGGAACAGAGGCGGCAGCCGUCACCGUAUUUGACUUAAUUCCUUUCUCGUUCCGACAAAGAGUCCAAAUCGACAGACCCUUCUUGGUCUUCAUCCUGGAGAGGUCCACUGAGAGCAUCCUCUUCAUGGGCAAGAUCAACAACCCCACAGCCAUGUAGAGGUGAGAAUGAAGAUCAUCAUCAUCAUCAUCGUCAUCAUCGUCAUCGUCAUCGUCAUCAGAAUCACUGACGGUCCGCUCAUCAUGCUGAUGCUGUAGCCAGAAACCUGCUUGUUUGUGUGUUGGUUAUGUUCUCAAAAUGGAAGUGAUUCUAUAAAAAUAUUAAAGAACAUUUGAAGAAUUAA